AUGGAGAACCACAUUUGCAAAGUCUGUGGGCGAAGCUUCCCUACAGGAAGAUCUCUUGGAGGUCACAUGAAGACUCAUGUUGUGCUAAGCUCUCUCAUUGAUGAAAAAGACAAGCCAGUUAGCAUAUAUGGCCUUAGAGAUAAGCCAAAGAAGUCGCGGCGAUUUCAUGAUGUGUGUCCGGAGAAGGAGAAGGAUGAAGUUCAUGCCGAAACAGUUAAUGUUUGCUCCUCAUUGAAUACUUCAAUUGAGAUGGCCAGAGAUGAGCUCAAACAUGAUGACGAUGAUGAAUUAUGGAGCGGGGGAAGUUAUGAUGAGCAUGCCGAUGAAAUGCCGAGCCAAUCUAAUAAGAAAGUUUCCUUAAUUUCAAUGUCAGUUAGGAAGCGGAGGAGAACACCAAAGAUCUCUAUUUAUUCUUCUUCUCCAGCUUUAUCCUCGGAGUACGCAAAUGAGGAAAUGAAUGCUGCUUUGUGUCUGUUGAUGCUCUCAAGAGGCACUCAUUCGAUCAGAGAUAUAUUAGAUGAGAUUCCUCCCAUAAUUGAGCGUGGAAAGAAAGUUCACUCUUAUCUUUGUGAAGAUGAAGAUCGACCGUUCAAGAAGCCAAAGGUCUCAUGUUUCAAUAAAAAAUUUGAUCAUGGUGAUAUUAGUUCUCAUGUUCUAGAUGUUGGAAAGGGGAGUUCAUCAAAGCAAUAUGAUUGUGUAUCUGGAAUGUAUAAAUCUUGUAAGAGAAAUAAGUAUGUGUGCACAAUCUGCGACAAGAGCUUCCCUUCAUAUCAAGCUCUUGGCGGCCACUGCUCAAGCCAUAGAAAGAUGAAAUUAAAGGAGCUAAGAAGGAAUUGA